ACUCUGUUUGCUGGGCGGCAGAUUUCGUGCGGUAUGAACGUAAUGGGGACGCCGUAGUUCUACUGUUAAUUGUUAUUCAGAUGAUUCGAAGUUUUUUUGUGUGUGUCUGUGAUAGUUUAUUACUAACUGGUUGACAACGUUAGCAUUAAUGUCUAUCCUGAUCAGAUCAGACCAAAAUUCAAAGAGUGUAAUAGUUACGUGACUUGUAGUUAAGGUGAAGAUAUGAAGUGAUUCAGAACAGCAUCAACGAAACGAACCUAGAAUGGAAUCAUUUAUGGAUAACUUCAGGGAGAGGAGUGAAGUGGAACGGGAGUGGCUGCAGGAGCUAUUCGUGUUCGUGAGGGACAAUCUGUUCCCGGUUCUCGGUCCAACCCCCGGUAGUGUUUCCCCGGAACAGCUCUCACUAGCCAUGAUACGGAGAGUGGAACGGGCGGUGGGCUCCUCGUCUGCCCGGUCUCUGCCGCUCAGUUACAGGCUCAUCUCCGUAGCUGAGCUGGUUACCUGGCAACGCACACCCUGCUGUAGCAACCUGACCUGGAGCACCGCUCAGCACAGAGAAUGGGUCCGGGAGGCGGAGCAGGCUCUGCCCAAUCACAAGGCUUUGCCGCGUGCCAGCCUGUUGCUGAUAGGCUGUCUCAGUGAUGGGUGUGACCCAGAGAGGUCAUGUGACGGAGCGUGGCGUGUGAGGGACGCCACCGGGACCGUGCACUGUGAGCUACUGAGCCCCUCCCCUCUCUGGCUGGGCCUGCCGGUUCUCUUCCCCUGCUGGAAUUACAUCCCCCAGUCUGCACUGGGGAAGGACCAGGAAGUGGAGGAGAGGGGCUACCUGGAGCUGGUUGGCUGUCCCCUACCCCUGACCUCUGACAUAGAGAUGACCUUUAACCCUGCAGGGGUCAACCUGAAGAGAGCUGUGGGGGUCAGAGAAGCUGCAGAACUCAUACAGCACAGGGUGCGAGGCCUUCGUGUGAAGGUGUAUGGGGAGGUUUCUGGAGUCUACCCUCUACUGAACAUCGCAGGGAAGUCCCUCUUCUGUCUCCGUCUGAGAGAGGGACGACACACUCUACCAUUACUGAUCACGGAGCCGUGCUGUCUGUGGUGGCAGCAGUGUGUGUGUGUGGGAGGGAGUGUGUGUGUGUCGGGGCUGCGUGUGUGUGCACUGCAGGGCUGGUCUGGGAACAGGGUUCUGUGUGCUACGAGUCAGUCUUCUCUCACUCUGCUUCCUGACACACUGAUCCAGGACCUGUCUGAUCUGCCCACAUUGGACAAUCACACCCCAGACCCAGACCCUGUGGGGUUAGAUCCACCGCUGUCUGACUGCAGUAGUACUGGGUGUCCUCUCCCAGAGAGACGGGGCGCUGGACCAGACCCAGACCCCUCUCCCAUCCUGAGGCCCAAACUCUCCAAGGCUAUCAGCUACAAGGGUGUGCUGACCAGUGUCCUGAGUGCGGCAGCGGGGCUCUAUGUGAUUGACGGGAAGGUGGGCCUGUGUUUGGCCUAUCAGCCACUGCAGAGGCGUGGCCUACGUCCGGGGGCGGAGAUAGAACUCCAUGAUGUCCAUUUCUUGUACCGCCCCUCUCCCCACUUCCAUCCCUGCAUGCUCUGCGUGUGUCUACACUCCAGUCUGCGUGUCACUUCCUUCAGCCGCAUGGGGUCAGAGGUCGACCGCCCUAGCGACGCCCCGCUGCCGUGGCUACUGCUGGAGAGGAAUCUGGGCGUGUCUCAGUACCUGUGGCUCUGUCACUGCUGCAGAGCUCUAAGAGACAGACUGGUCCCUCGCUGGGUGAAAGAGGAGUGUGUGUAUGUGGUGGCUAGGAGGCUGUUUGAGUGUGUGGUAACGUCAGAGAAGGGAGGAGGGAGGAGAGACAUCUACAGAGAGAUGCUACAGGAGCCACACCACUGUCCCCUCACUGAGUACUCUGUGAGUUCUCCAGUGUGUGAGUACGUGUCUGUGUCAGACUGUGUGUGUGUGAUGGAGAAAGAGUGCUGGUCGUCUCUGUCUCUCUCCUCUCUCCUCCCAGCCUGUGGUAGUUCCCUGACUCAGGCUGAGCUGAACCCAUCUAUAGCCUGGUCCGUAGGCCUCUCUCUGGGGCAGGACAGUCAGCCCCGACCCCUACUGCUGGUCGGAGUGUUGGAGCUCUCUGGAACACACACACUCCGCCUGAGAGACCAGACCGGCGCCGUGACCUGUGUUGCCGUGGAGACUGGCGAUGAUGACUCGGGUGGUCAGAGAGCUGCCAACAACACUGCUUGGAUAGGUUGCUUGGUGUGUGUGCAGAGGUUCACCAUGGUGAUGGAGAGAUUCCUCCAAUCAGAGUUCCCUUCAUACAGACACCUGGACCAGGACAGUUACAUCACACACAGACACUGCAGGGUGUACAUCCAGCUGUGUCUGAACGACCUCCAGAUUCUCAGCCCCUCUGCUGCCAUGGCAUCACUCCUUCUCAGAACGACAGGAGGAGAGAGGGUGGAGAGGAGAGAGACAGAGAGAGAGAGGGAGGAGAGGAGAGAGAAAGGGGGAGAAGAGAGGGAGGAGAGGGAGAGGAGAGACAAAGGGGGAGAAGAGAGGGAGGAGAGGAGAGAGAAAGGGGGAGAAGAGAGGGAGGAGAGGAGAGAGAAAGGGGGAGAAGAGAGGGAGGAGAGGAGAGAGAAAGGGGGAGAAGAGAGGGAGGAGAGGAGAGAGAAAGGGGGAGAAGAGAGGGAGGAGAGGAGAGAGAAAGGGGGAGAAGAGAGGGAGGAGAGGAGAGAGAAAGGGGGAGAAGAGAGGGAGGAGAGGAGAGAUGACGGUUCUGAGAGGAAGAAGAGGAGCAGAGAAGAAGAGAGGAUAGAGGAAAAGAAAGAGGAGAGAGAGGGAGGGGCCAAGAGAGCACGACAAAACCACACAGAGAACGAGACCUACUCCCAACCAGGAGGAGGAGCCUCAUUGCCAGGCGACCGGCCCUGUAUCUCCGUGGUGAUGUGUGUGGAAGGAAAGGAGGGCGUGGCCUGGCGGAACGAGGGGAUUGCCUGUGAGGGAGAAGAGGCUGGGUUAUCUCUGUGUUUCUCUGUGAGGGCUGAUCUCAUUGGUCAAAUUCAGCGGUGGGGGCGGGACCCCAGGAACUGUCCAUUACAGGAGAGAGAGACAGACGGACAGACCAGAACGGUAGAGCUGUUGUUUGUGAGGUCAUCAGUACGCUGGUUUCCUCUGAUCCAGGCUGGAUCUUUCUACAGACUCAUCGCUCCUAACACCCAGGAUCCCAGUGUUCUGAUUGGCUGUCGUGUUGCUGGGAGGAGUGGUGUAGUGCUCCAUACGAACCCCUCCCUCCUUGUGCGAUCUGAUUGGAGGAUCCACACCCUGACCCACCCACUCCUGACCACGCCCUACUCCCAGUUUGUUUCUCAGAAGGUCAUGUCUGUGGCUGAGGUUCUGGACUGCAGCAGUGGGGUGGAUCUGGUGUCGUUCCAUGGAGUCAUAUCUCAGAGGAUCACCCUACAGAGCGGAAUGACCACACACACUCCUGCACAGAGAGGAACGACCACACACACUCCUGCACAGAGAGACGUGGAAGCAGGACUGAGUGUGAGGUUGACGGUGUGUGUGGAGCCCACAGGGCGGAGCCUGCAGGUCUAUUUGGACCUAAGCCUCACCCCCUACCCUCCCGGCCUGGUACCCGGAAACACUGUCCAGUUUACCAGCUUCCAACGCAGGCUGUCACGGGUGGGAGGGGUGUAUUGUCGUUCUGUCCCAGUCAGCUGUUUGACCAUCAUGGGAAAGACAGACACCCAGUCAUGUGACCCUCCUCCUCCCAUGAUCCUCUUGGGUGUGUGGGCAUUGGCAGGGGCAAAGCAGUGCAUUUUGGGCCGGGUCAGAGGUCAUGUGGUGUGUGUUCUCUACCUGCAGCUGCAGUGGACUUGUUCUCUGUGUGGCAGUAUAUACACACAGGAGAGGUGUACUCGGUCUCAGCCUCCCUGUAAUUCUACCUCUGCUGUGUUUCAGGCCGAAGCCAAGGCAGCUGUAGAGGAUGGCAGUGGAGAGGCCCAUAUCUGGUUCUCCUGUCCAGUCAUUUCCGGUUUACUGGGGUUAGCCAUGCCCCAGUGGGAAGGGCUUCAGAGGUCACUGAGGGUCAGAGGUCACCUCAGGGUCUACACACGGGGGCGGAGCCUGGUGUGUGACGUGGACGCUGACGACCCUCUCCUCCAGUACCUGUCCUGUGUGUGUAGCAGCAGCACCGUGUGUCGCCCCCUAACUCUCAUCUGCACACUACACACACGUUCACACACACCUGCUGCACGCAGAGAGGGUGAGUUCACACACACCUGCUGCAGUCAGAAAUGGCACCCUGUUCACAUAACACCUGCUGCACGUCAGAAAUGUCAGAAGGGUGAGCACACCUGCUGCACGCAGAAGGAUGUCUUCAGCUGA